AUGUGGGAACAGGAGGAAUUCGCUAAACACUGGAGGAAUGAGUUCCCCGACGCCGAGGUCCCUCGAAUGGACCUGAGCUCCGUGGAGGACAUCGAGUCGGAGCUGGAAUCAUGUAAAGCCAACCUGAAGAAGCUCCAGAAGGCUCUGGCGGAGGAGAAAUUCAAGGUGAUAUACCUGCAGACCACCGUGGCCCAGCAGAAGAGAAACGACCCGCAGAGGUUCGUGGGCAAAGAUGAAAACUUCAACGCAGAGACGUUUGUCGUUCCCAAGAUAGGGAAUGUUAAAAAACCACCGCGGCGGGAAGAUGAAGGCGGCGGAGAGAGGACCAAGGUGUCCGACUCCGGAGGCAUGAGGCUUAGCGGGGCGGCCGACACACCCAGCCCUUACAGCCGAGAGCGGAGCAGGUUCACCGGCAGGACAGGUAAGUACGUCCCCAUCCCGGUGCCGCCGCAGAAACCCCGGGGGGGAAACAAGGCCGCUAACGACAACGAGGAGGAGGACAGUGACCGAGAAUACGAGGAUGUGGAGCUCAACGACAAUUUCGUCAGGAAUAACUUGUUGACGCCGAAAAGCGGAGGCAAGGACGGCCAGCGGACCCCCACCAUCUGCAGGGACAAUCUGCGGCCGUUCCGCCAGAGCAGGGACUUUGACUCCGGGGAUGAUGGCCGGCUGUCCCCGUCCUUCCCCCAUGUCCACCACCGGGCAUCCAGGGGCUCAGGCCGCAGCACACCUGACCGGAGGAGCGAUGGCUACCUGAGCUCCGACCAUGAUGACUCCUCCUCUGCAGACUUCAACUAUAACACAGAUGGCUAUGAUGGGGACGGAGCUGAAGACGGCAAGUCCCAGGACAGCUCUGAGACGCUGCCCUACAUAGAUGAAUCCCCCACUAUGUCCCCCCAGCUGUGUGUGUCCCAGGGGCCUGAUGGUGAGGCAAUCUCCCCCACACCUCUCGAGGGCGAUGUUGAAAAGGGGCUGGAGAUGAAGAAACUGGUCCUGUCUGGAUUCCUGGCCAGUGAAGAGAUCUACAUCAACCAACUGGAAGCCCUCCUGCUGCCAAUGCGGCCCCUAAAGGCUGCAGCCACCACCUCCCAGCCCGUCCUGACCAUGCAGCAGAUAGAGACCAUCUUCUACAAAAUCCAGGACAUCUUCGAGAUCCACAAGGAGUUCUACGACGCCCUGCUACCCAGCAUCCAGCACUGGGACGAGAAGGUCACCGUGGGGCAUCUGUUUCAGAAGCUGGCUAGCCAGCUGGGAGUUUACAAGGCCUUUGUGGACAACUAUAAGAACGCUCUGGAGACGGUGGAGAAGUCUAGCCAAGCCAACAUCCAGUUCCAGAAGAUAUGUGAGACUGUUAAAGUGAAAGGCCCCAAAGAAUCCAAAGACUGCACCACAACAAGCUCUAUGGAGGCUCUGCUUUACAAGCCCAUUGACCGUGUUACCAGAAGCACCCUGGUCCUCCAUGACCUGCUGAAGCACACCCCUAAGGACCACCCCGACUUCCCCCUCCUGCAGGACGCUCUGCGGAUUUCUCACAGCUUCCUUUCCUCCAUCAAUGAGGAGAUUGACCCUCGCAGAACCGCCGUCACUACACCUAAAGGAGAGGCCCGUCAGCUGGUGAAGGAUGGUUUUCUGGUGGAGGUGUCUGAAAACUCCAGGAAGCUGCGACACGUCUUCCUCUUCACUGACCUACUUCUAUGUGCCAAGAUGAAGAAGACGGCAGUGGGUCGCCACCAGCAGUAUGAGUGCAAGUGGUACAUCCCUCUGGCAGACCUAACUUUCCAAACCCUGGACGAGUCGGACUCCUGUCACAGCAUCCAAGUCCUGCCCGAGCAUGAGAUUGAAGAGAUGAAGAUGAAGAUCUCAGUUUUAAAGAAUGAGAUACAGAAAGAAAAGAAAGCUCCAAAGGGUCAGAGCCGUGUGGAGCGUCUGAGGAAGAAGAUGAACGAACAGGAGUCGUGGUUACUCCUGCAUUCCCCCACCAUCCCCUUCCGAAUCCAAAACAAACAUGGGAAGAGCUAUUUGUUUCUUCUCUCUUCUGAUUAUGAGAGAUCAGAGUGGAGAGAAAGCAUGCAGAAGCUCCAGAAGAAAGAUCUUCAGGCGUGUGUGUUGAGUUCUGUGGAGCUCCAGGUUCUGACCAGCUCCUGCUUCAAACUCCGAACUGUCCACAACAUUCCCGUCACCAGUAACAAAGACGAUGAGGAGACGCCCGGCCUGUAUGGCUUCCUGCAUGUGAUCGUCCACUCUGCCACAGGAUUCAACGAGUCAACAAAUUUAUAUUGCACCCUUGAAGUGGAUUCCUUUGGUUACUUCGUGAGCAAGGCAAAGACUCGGGUCUUCAGAGACACCACAGAGCCUCAGUGGAACGAAGAGUUUGAGAUCGAGCUGGAGGGCUCACAGUACCUGCGGAUCCUGUGCUACGAGAAGUGUUACGACAAAAGCAUGCUUAACAAGGACGACAACGAGAUCGUGGACAAGAUCAUGGGCAAAGGGCAGGUCCAGCUGGACCCACAGACCGUACAGUCCAAGAACUGGCACAUGGAUGUCAUCGAGAUGAACGGGAUCAAAGUGGAGUUCUCCAUGAAGUUUACGAGUCGGGACCUCAGCCUGAAGAGGACGCCGUCCAAAAAACAGAGCGGAGUGUUUGGAGUCAAGAUCAACGUGGUUACGAAGCGCGAGCGCUCCAAGGUGCCUUACAUCGUCCGUCAGUGCAUUGAGGAGGUGGAGAAGAGGGGGAUCGACGAAGUGGGAAUCUACAGGAUCUCAGGGGUGGCCACCGACAUCCAGGCACUCAAACAAGCUUUCGACACAAAUACCAAAGACAUCCUGAUGAUGCUGAGCGACAUGGACAUCAACGCCAUCGCAGGAACACUCAAGCUGUAUUUCAGGGAGCUGCCAGAGCCUCUUCUCACAGACCGUCUGUACCCGGCCUUCAUGGAGGGGAUAGCUCUCUCUGACCCUGCAGCCAAGGAGAACUGCAUGAUGCACCUUCUGCGCUCUCUGCCCGACCCCAACCUCAUGACCUUCCUCACUCUGCUGGACCACCUCAAAAGGGUGGCUGAGAAGGAGCCCAUCAACAAGAUGUCCCUCCACAACCUGGGCACCGUGUUCGGCCCCACCCUGCUCAGGCCCUCAGAGGCGGAGAGCGCCAAGGGACAGCACAUCACGUGCGCCUCUGACAUCUGGUCACAUGACGUCAUGGCACAGGUCCAGGUUCUGCUCUACUACCUGCAGCAUCCUCCCAUCUCCUUUGCCGAACUGAAGCGAAACACGCUCUACUUCUCCACUGACGUCUAAAGCUGCCACCCCACUCAGGGCUUCGCCUAAGCAGGGAUGGGGGGGGGGACCCCCCCUCACUCAGUACUCCUGCUCCCAGCAGGCAGCUCAUCUGUACCGCAGUCCCUCACUCCUCCAUCUGAACCCAGCCUGGUAUUCACCCUGUGAAGAGAGGAAGACGAACUCUUUGUGGUCAUUAAACAAACUCCUCCCAUCAGCAAUAUGACCUGCCUCACGAGUGGGGGGGUCUAUAGACCACAGCCUGGUGCGGUGGUUCAGGAGCUGAAUUUUUGUUUCCUAAUCAGAGGCAUUCCAGAAAAAUCGGCAUUUAUGUGUUUUAUAUAAAAAAGAAAGAAAGUUCCUCAUGUUUUCUUCUCCUUUUUGGUCUUUCUGACUUUGUGUGUGUUUUGGGGGGGGGGCGUAGGACUGUGGAUGAUUUCCUCUGAGACUGUGAGGAAGUGUUGAAGGGACUAAAGUUGAAGGUGGCUGAUAAGCCGCCCCAUGAAACAGCAAGGAUCGUGACUCGGUUCGGGUCGGUCCUUUCCCACUGAGUCUAGGCUGAACUAGCCCUAUUUAUUUUAAAAAUUAUAUAUAUAAUAUUUGUGCCUGUACAGUUCUGUGCUACUAGAGAUGUUCUCCAAGGAGUAUGUUUUUUGAAGUUUAUCCAGGUAGUGAUGUUUUUUUAUUAGUCAGUUUUCUUUCUCACCAUGUCGUUGAAGGUGAGCUGUUCUGAGAGGAUCACCAGGUUCAGUUCUGCUCACUUUGUAAACAUGCGAGGGCACAUGAGGGUUUAUUACGGGGGGUGGGGGGGAUAACACCAUGGAUGGAACAGUUGACCCCUUUUUUUUGUUCUUUUUCUGCUUCUUCUUGCAUUUCAAGCCUGUUCCAAGUGUUGCUGCACCAGUGUUAUCUGUAGGAGGAUUUGUUUAGACGCCCUCAUUGCAUGUUCAGCUUGUCCAUGAAAUCAGGUGGGGUAACACAAAGGUAGGUCAUUAAUGUCAUGAACAGAAACAAACCCAUGCAAAGCCAACCUUUCUGCUAUCAAGCCUACAUAUCUUAAGGAACAUACAAGCACUGCUAGAUGAGUAAUAUUUGAUAUUUUUAAUAUAAGAAUAAAAAGAAAUGAAAAACUGUUGUAUUUUACUUCCUUUGAGAAGAAUUUCAAUAUGCUGUAAUAAUGCGACUCAAUGUCAAUGUGAACUUUUUCCCUCUUUUUUAAAGUAAAAUAAAAAUUAUUGAA